UUGACUUGCCUAGACCUGGUUGCUCUUCUGCCAUCUUCCCACCCCUGCAUGUUUAGGAAGCGAAUGCCAGCUUUCAGGAUGGCUCAGAUGGGGAUUUCCAUCUUUUCCAUCUCCCUGCUUCCCCUUGUCUACCUAAAUUUAAAGUAGUGUAAUAGGAAUUAGGCCUCUUUGAAACUCCUGCACUUUUUGAACCACCUGAUUGCUCCCGUGCCUGGAGGUAGGUCGUUCUGGACCUUACUGGAAACUGUUCACUGGGAAGUGGAAAUGGCAAUGGCAUCAUCUGUGGAUUUUAAGACUCACGUGGACCAGGCUUGUAGAGCUGCUGAAGAAUUUGUCAAUAUUUACUAUGACACCAUUGAUAAAAGGAGAAGGGUGCUGACUAGAUUAUACCUGAACAGCGCCACUUUGAUUUGGAAUGGAAAUGCUAUUUCUGGACAGGAUGCCCUGAAUGAGUUUUUUGAGAUGUUGCCUUCCAGUGAGUUCCAUGUCAGCGUGUUGGAUUGCCAGCCUGUUCAUGAGCAAGCUACUCAGAGCCAAACCACUAUCCUCGUGGUGACCUGCGGGACUGUGAAGUUUGAUGGAAAUAAACAGCGCUAUUUCAACCAGAACUUCCUGUUGACAGCACAAGCCACACCCAACAACUCAGUAUGGAAGAUUGCAAGUGAUUGCUUCCGCUUCCAGGAUGGAGCUGCUUAGUCUUGGCAAAAAACCAACUCUAAAAUAUUUGGAAUGUCUUCGUUUUUCUCUUGUUGUUCAGUUCAUUGUAGAACUGUGAAACGUGUGCCAAAGUUGAUGUGUCUUUAAAAAUAUAGAUCCCUAGCAGCAACUUUUGCAGUUGCCAUUAAGAGCUGUGGGAUGUUAUUUGUAUGUUAGAUGCCUUUUAAAUAUUCUUGAUACGGAAGUUCUGAGUUUGCUACUUUGUUCAAAGACGACUAUAUAAAGAGAACUGCUGUGAACCUGAUUGAUCAAAAACUGGAAUUCUUUGUCCCGUUGUGAACCAUGGGCACUCUCAUUAGCUCCGUUGUAAUGCCCUGGGAGAUGUUCUCUGUAGUAUAUAUGGUUAGUAGAAAAAUACUUGCAGCCUUUCAGUAAAUACUGAGAGUAGUCUCAACUUAGGGACUACCUAAAUCAGAACAAUAAAAACACUACUUAUUUUUACUUGUUAGGUUUUCAUCCCUAGUCUGAUGUUCUGGAAAGGUCUGUGUGAAGAAAUGUUCACAUUGUUGUUUUGUUAGAGAAGGCCACCGUUUGACACCGAUACAUGUGUGUGUAUAAAACCAUACUAUGCAUAUUUCUGUUUAUCAGUUCUUGCUCUGGAGGUGGACAGCAUCUUCCUUCCUUUGUUGUUGAUUUGCAUAUUUGUAAUACUCAGAACAACUUAGUCCUUCACAGUUAUUCUUUGAACAAUAUUGCUGUUACUGUGUACAACAUGUCUUUUAAGAGGGAUUAAUAUUAACUUUCACUUAUAUGUGGGUUUAAGAUUUAAAAGUGUUAUCAAUUAUCUCAUUAACAAUUAUCAAUUAUCUCAUUUAAUCUACUCAACUCUUUAAGUAAAUAGUAUUAAUUAUUAUUCCCAUUUUUCAGAGGAGAAAAUUUGACUGAGAUCGCACAGCUGUCAAGAGUCAGAGAGCUUUUUGUGUUAUUACAUCAUGAUGCCUCAGAUGGUGUAGUGGAUAGAGUACUGGGCCUAAGGUCAAAUCUUACCUUAGACACAUGCUAGCUGUGUGACUCUGAGC